GGAGGGCUGGCGUUCAGCCGGUCACUCAGACGGACAGACGGACAGGAGCCGGACACACACUGAACACUCUCAACCAACCAGAGAGAGAGAGAGAGAGAGAGAGAGAGAGAGACAGGAACAUCCAUCACAUAACAGAUCAUCAUGGCAGAUAAAAUUAAGGACGCCAAGAUCGUCUUUGUUGUGGGUGGACCGGGCUCCGGUAAGGGCACUCAGUGUGAGAAGAUUGUGGCGAAGUACGGCUACACUCACCUGUCGUCAGGUGACCUGCUGCGUGCUGAGGUGGCGUCAGGUUCAGACCGAGGAAAACAGCUACAGGCCAUCAUGCAGAAAGGAGAGCUUGUGCCUCUGGACACGGUUCUUGACAUGAUCAAAGACGCCAUGAUCGCUAAAGCAGACGUGUCUAAAGGUUAUCUCAUCGACGGCUACCCUCGUGAAGUCAAACAGGGCGAAGAGUUAGAGAAGAAGAUCGGCGCUCCGGCUCUUCUGCUGUACGUGGAUGCUAAAGGCGAGACGAUGGUGAAGAGACUCGUGAAGCGCGGAGAGACCAGCGGCCGCGCCGAAGACAACGAGGAGACCAUCAAAAAACGUCUGGAUCUGUACUAUAAAGCCACUGAGCCCGUCAUCGCUUACUAUGAGAAACGCGGCAUUGUCAGGAAGAUCAACUCUGAGCUGCCCGUGGACGAGGUGUUCGCUAUCGUCGAAAAAGCUAUCGACGAGCUCAAAUAAAACAGCACUUGACAACAAA